UCGUGUUUUGCGCAGGCGUGGAUUAAUGCUUAAGCGGAAGUCUUCAGAAAAAAAGGGAGAGGGAAGUUAUUUGACAUCCUCCUCCUUGAAACGUAACAGUUCUUUAUUCAAAUACUUUGUUAUACGACAUCACCGAACAAAGACAGCAGUAUUUGUAAUCCGAACAUGCCAAAGAAUAAAGGUAAAGGAGGUAAAAAUCGGCGGCGUGGUAAGAACGAGAAUGAGUCAGAGAAGAGAGAGCUGGUUUUCAAGGAGGAUGGCCAGGAAUAUGGUCAGGUGAUAAAAAUGCUGGGAAAUGGACGGCUAGAGGCCAUGUGCUUUGAUGGGGUCAAGCGACUCUGCCACAUUCGAGGAAAGCUCCGGAAAAAGGUUUGGAUCAACGCAUCUGACAUAAUCCUCGUUGGUCUUAGAGAUUACCAGGAUACCAAAGCAGAUGUCAUUUUAAAGUACAAUGCAGAUGAGGCCCGCAGUCUUAAAGCCUAUGGAGAGCUUCCAGAACACGCUAAAAUCAAUGAAACUGACACAUUUGGACCUGGAGACGAUGAUGAGAUUCAGUUUGAUGAUAUUGGGAGUGACGAUGAGGACAUUGAUGACAUCUGAGUCACGACUGCUGGUCUUCUCCGAGCAUUCUGACUGUCACAACAAUCGUGCCCUUUCUCAUUCAAUGACAACCACACAACACAGACUGCAUGGUU